AUGAUGCUCCAAAUGCACCCCAUGCAUUCUCUAAAGCCAUGCAUAUUCAAUUGAAUUCAAAGAACUAUUUUUUUUUGCCGAGAGAAAAAAAAUGACAAAUCAAUCAGUGCAGCAAAGGUGACUAUUUAUAUAUAAAGGAAAAAAUAUGGCCACUCCAUUAGCUUUGUUUAAAGGACACGUUCAGACAAGACAACAGUUAGUUCCUCGUCCUAAUCCUCGUAAAGUGUCCAUUGUUGCUCAAUCUAAAGGGCUCCGACUGGAAAGCGGCAACGCGGGUCCGGUGGUUCUGAUAACGGGAUGCUCUCAUGGAGGGAUUGGUCACGCGCUGGCGCUUGAGUUCGCUGACAACGGUUGUCGUGUGGUGGCGACGAGCAGAUCACGGGGUAAGAUGAUGGAUCUUGAGCAGGAUCCGAGGUUGUUCGUGCAGGAGCUUGAUGUUCGGUCGGAGCAGAGCGUGAACGAAGUCUUGUCGACUGUUAUAGAUAAGUUUGGCCAAAUAGACGUUCUUGUCAACAACGCCGGCAUCCAGUGCGUCGGUCCUCUGGCUGAGAUCCCUAUCUCCGCCAUGGAGAACACCUUUGACACCAAUGUUUUCGGUACCGUGAGGAUGACUCAAGCUGUUGUACCUCACAUGGUCUCUAAGAAAAAGGGAAAGAUUGUCAACGUUGGAAGUGUUUCUGUGAUGUCACCAAGUCCAUGGGCAGGGGUCUAUACAGGGACCAAAGCUGCUAUUCACGCUCUUACCGAUUCCCUCAGGUUGGAGCUCCAGCCAUUUGGCAUUGAUGUCAUCGAUGUCGUCCCAGGAGGAAUAAGAUCAAACCUCGCAAACUCAGCAGUAGCAGUCUUCAAAAAAUGGCCUGAGUUGAAACUAUACAAGCCUUACGAAGAAGCUAUCAUAGAGAGGGCCUUCUUUUUCCAGAGAAAGAAGCCAACUCCUACUGAAACAUUCGCCAAAGACACCGUAGCUGCAGUGCUAAAGAAGAACCCACCUGCUUGGUUCUCGUCAGGCAGAUACUCGACCUAUAUGGCAAUAAUGUACCAUAUGCCCAUUUGGUACAAAGAUUUUCUCCAGAAGAAGUCUUUAAUGAAAAAGGGCUAA